UAGCCAUUUUGGCUCAAGAAGUUUGGCCCAUGCGCUCGCAGUCUUUGAGUGUUGAUAUUGUCACUUCCGGGCAAGUGCGACGCCCUUUCCCUCGAAGAAGAAGAAUAAGCACUUAGUUGUUCUUGCUCAAAUCCCCUGGAAUGGCAUCAGUGACGCAGGCCGUGGCGCAGCGAUAUAGCUGCCGGGAUUUCAUUCCAGACAAAGUGCCUGAUGAGGCGCUGUUGCGCGAGAUUUUGACCAAGGCUUCCAGGGCGUCUUCGGAUGGGAACACGCAGCCAUGGCGCAUGUACGUGCUGAGCGGGGCCGCCAAGGACGCUGUUGUGGACGCCGUGCAGAAGUCCAAUCUUCGCGAGGCCGUUUCAGAAUAUCAUAAUUACCCCGAUCAGAAAGCUAGCAGCCACAUCGUCUAUGAUGAUGCGGAGCUCACUAAGAAAACCAACGAGCGUAUGCAACAUUUCCGCAAGACGAUUUACAGCCAGCGUCGAAAGGUGUGCGGAGAAAUGUUGUACAAGUCGAUCAAUGUCGCGAAGGAGGACCUGCCUGGGAAGUUGCAGCAGUUGCAGAAAAAUGGAUCGUUCUUUAACGCCCCAGUUGGCAUUAUUGUCACCCUCGACCGAAUGUUCGAUCGUUGUGGUUGGGGAAACGUUGGCAUGUACCUGGCAACAUUCGCUUUACUUUGCGAGGAGGCGGGGCUCUCAACAUGCUUCCAAGGAUAUUUUGGCGUCAAUCACGCAGCUGUGGAGAAGGUUAUCACGCAGAUGGAUCCAGAGACCGAAGUUAUUUGGUGUGGUAUCGCUGUGGGCUACGCAAACCAGGAGCAUCCGAUCAACAGCUGGCGCACGGAGCGCGCGAAGAUCGAUGAGUAUGCACAUUUUAUUUCCAAGUUAUGAACUGGAGAUCGACAGCAGAUCCGUUGUUGUGAAUGUGUGAAGUGUUAUUGCGACCGGAGCAGUCGUAAUUUUCAGACGUUGUAAAGUUGGCUCGGCUGUAAA